GCUGAGCCGCCGACCGGACCUGUCCUGCUGGAAUAUUCGCUCCUGUUUGUCCGGGUCAAACUUGUUUUGGGUGUGUGUGUGGACGCGGACAUGGCGGACGGGUGCUUUCUGUCCGCGCUGCAGCCCAACUCGUCGUGCACAGCCUACGCGCUGCCCUCGGACGGCCCGUCCCCGGACCCGCUGGCUAAAGCCCGGAGGGUCCAGGAGCAGGUCCGGAUGCGGCUGGCCGAGAAGAAGUCCUCCUCCCUGCCCAGACUGGACGACUCGCGCCCGGGAGCCUUUGCAGAUUACAACCUCCCUGAAGUAAGGAGUUCUGCCCAGAGUCAUGGUUUCAGUUCCAGGUCCAUGAUCAGCUCACCCACCCGGGUCAUGGCUGUGCCGGCAGCACCUUCUCAAACCUUUGGGUUCUCCUCUCGCUCUGCGAUGGAAAACAGCUCCAAGAUGAGACAGAGAGAAACCAGCACUGUCCAAAGCAGUUUCCACACCUCCCACAUGCUCAGCAGAAGCAACCGCUCAAAAUCCCUGUGCCAGGAAGACCAAAAGACGUUACCUCUCGCAGGAGGGGUUCAUCUAGAGAACUCUGUCCCAAUAACUGUGCCCCCACCCAGCACCCUCAGGCGCAGCCUCAGUGGCAUUCUGGCCCAGGAAAGAGGUCAAUGGCAGGAUGAGCUCCCGUAUCAGUACACCUACAAAGGCCCGUCUCACCGCACCAUCAGCCGGAUCACCAACAGGCAGCAGUACUACCAGCAGCCCAUCUCUUGUUUUGGUCAGGACGGUUGGCUGGGGAAUGGCAGGGGGGUCUCCACUGCAGGCGACAGCUGGGGAGGACAGUGGCAACAGCAUGCAUCCAGAGCCAAUCACACCAUUAACAUUUCCCAGAAUGCUUCACUGCAUCGGGCCGCCUCGCUCCACUCCUUGAGGAGUGUGGGCAAAGGAGCCGACAUCACAGAUGCAGCAUCGAUACACAGCAACGAUCCACUGGCACAGAUGCAGAGUCUUGAUAUGGCUACAGCUGUCAAAUAUCUCUCUGAGACCGAGUCUGGCUUGCAAGUUUUGGGAGCCGCCUAUAUACAGCACCAAUGUUACCAUAGCAACGACGCCAAAAACCAGGUUCGGGUUCUCGGUGGUGUUCCAGCUCUGGUUUGCCUCUUCUCCAGUGACAACGUAGAAGUGCAGCGUUACGCUACUGCUGCCACGAGGAAUCUCAUAUAUGAGAACACUGACAACAAAGCAGCGCUCAUCCAAGCAGGUGGACUGACACCUCUUGUAAACAUACUGAACCAACCGGAUGAAGAGCUUCAGAAGACCAUCACAGGCGUUUUGUGGAAUCUGUCCUCUAGAGACAACCUGAAGGAGAGACUCUCCGUUGAAGCUUUACAGCUGCUCACUGAGAAAAUACUGGUUCCACUGUGCAAAAGCAUCCCACUAAAUUCUUCUGAGAAGGAGAUCUUUUACAACACCACCGGCUGCCUCAGGAACUUGAGCUCAGUAAACGAGAGAACAAGAAGGAAGAUGAGAGCUAUGCAUGGUCUGGUGGACUCUUUGGUGUGCUACAUACAGCAGGAAGAAAGAGGAGAUGAUAAGGGUUUGGAGAAUUCAGUGUGUGUCAUGAGGAAUCUGUCGUACCAGCUGUACGUGGAGCUUCCCCCCUCAGCCCGCCUCCUUCUGGAGGGUCCAUCCAGAGCUUCGGCCUCCAAACAAAUCAACACCAUUGGCUGCUUUACCCUGAACAGCAAAAAAGCUACAGAGCAGCAGCGUUACCAGAAUCUGAACACACUGCCCCAGCCCAAGGGGGGUGAGUGGCUGUGGCACCCUAAGGUGGUGACACUGUACAAGCAUGUUCUACAGAACAGUACAAACAGUUCAACCACCCGCGAAGCUGCUCUUGGAGCGCUGCAAAAUAUCACCGUGGGAGAGACCUGGUGGGCCUCAGUGUUGAGCGUUGUAGUGACGGAGCAGGAGAGGAUGCUGCCCAUCCUGCUGGAUCUGUUAGAUACCAGCAGUGAAAUGCAGCUGAGGUCUCUGACCGGCCUGCUGAAGAACCUGGCCAGGCAUGCCACCAACAAAGAGCACAUGGCUAAGAACAUGGUGAAUGUUCUGGUGUCCAUGUUGCCCAGCGAUGGCCUUCAGAAAACCCCGUCCAGUGAGGUAGUAGUCAACAUCUGCGGGGCCCUCAAUCACCUGGUCACCUGCAGCUCUCUGGCAGCACGAGACAUCGCCUACUUCAACGGUCUUCCAAAAUUGGUGGGCAUCAAGACGUCCCACGAUAACAGUUCGGGGAGUCUAAAAGCUGCCAGAGCAGCCUCAACUGUCCUCAACAACAUGUUUCAGUACAACAAGCUGCACAGAGACUACAAACAGAGAGGAUUUACCAAGCAGAACUUCAUAGAUCCCAACUUUUAAUCAAGAGGAAGCGUCAACGUUCAAGCUGCCGGGUGAGAGGAGGAGCCUGCAACUAUGGGAUGUGUUGGACGGACGAUCCACAGAGGAAGAUUCAUGAAAUGAAACCACUGAA